AGGGCGCAGCUGGGCGAUACUGCGGAGGAGAUGGGGACAGUGGGCUUAGAGAGAGGAGUGAGGCAGCUGCGAGCCGAGCCAGAAAGGCGUUGCCAGGGCGACGGUGCGUCCCUCUCCGCCCGGCGGAAGCCCAGGCCUGGCCGCAUGCGCAGUCUCGGAGCCUCCCGCGCGCCACCUCGCCCCGCCCGCAGGGAAGCGGUCGCGUGGCGAUGACGUCCCGGGGGCCUGGCCGGGCGUCUCGGACUCUGGAGAUGGAGGAACAGGAGCUGUUACGGCGGCAGAUCCGCCUCCUGCAGGGUUUGAUUGAUGACUACAAAAACCUCCAUGGCAACGGCCCUGCCCCAGGUUCCUCAGCUGCUUGCCGGUGGCAGGCGCCAGCCUUCAACAGCAGCAGGGCCUUCAGCACUCGCUACCCUCGCCCAAGCCGGAGGGGCUUCUCCCUGAGCCAGGGUCCUUCGUGGCGCAAGAAAUACUCCCUUGUGAAUCGGCCCCCAGGAUCUUCAGACCCGCCCGGUGACUGUGCUGUGCAGCCAACCGUUGGGGCUGGGGGCGGCCAGGAUCCCCGCCCCCAGCCGUAUGUCCUGGAGAGGCGGGUCCAGCUCAGUCCAGAUCAGAGUAUGGUCAUUCGAAUCAAACCGCCAUCCAAGCCUGGCUUGGCUAGCACUGCAGGGACCCCGCAGGGCUCCUUGGAAAAAUGUGAGGACCCGCCCUGGAGUGACGCCAGGCCUCAGGAAGGUGAGGGCGAGCCUCCUGGCGGGCAGCGGCAGCCCUCAAGGCCAGGAAGAGCCAAGGGGACUUACAGCGCAGAGGACCCCCUUCUGGUCUGCCAGAAGGAGCCUGGCAAGCCCCGCAUUGUGAGGUCUGUGAGCAGUGUGAGUGGUAGCCCCUCGGAGCCCCGGCGGACGGUCAGUGAGAGCGCAGUUUCGGUCCAGGCGCGCUUCCUGUCCACCCAUCCCCAGCGCAGCGGCAUGGCUCUGUCCAGAAAGGUGGGCUCUCACCCCGUGACCAGCCGUGUUGCACAACUCCUUGGGAACGGGACAGUGGAUACCGGCCACCCAGAUCAGCCAGCUUCCUCAGGCUCGGUGGCAGGCCCAGCUCGAACAGCUUCCGGCCCCAGACAGGCUCGGGAGGCCCCACUGCUUGUGUCUUGUCGAACCAACAAGUUCCGGAAAAACAACUACAAGUGGGUGGCUGCCUCGGCAAAGAGCCCCCGGGCCCCUCGAAGGGCCCUCAGUCCCAGAACGGCUGCGGAGAAUGUGUGCACAGCCCCCUCUGGCCCAGGAGAGCGAGUGGAGAAGCCGCAGCCCAGAGCUGACCCAGAUGCCAAGCCCAGGAAGGUGGCCGUGUCCUCCACAGCCGGGGCUUCCCGCAGCAAGUACAAGUGGAAGGCCUCUAUCCCUUCGGCCUCCUCGUCAUCCUCCUUCCGGUGGCAGUCAGAGGCUGCCAACAAGGACCGUGCCUUCCAGCUCUCUCCAGUCCCUUCUAGGUCCCCCCCAGGGGACAAACCAGCAAUGGGACCCAGCGAAACCCCGCUCUCAGCUUACAAAGUGAAGAGCCGUACCAAGAUCAUCCGGAGACGGGCGAGUGCUAGCCUUCCUGGGGACAAGAAGAACAGCCCCCCACCUGCUGCCACUGCCAAGAGCCAGUUCAGCCUGCGGAGGAGACAGGCUCCCCGGGGCAAGAGCAGCCCGGUUCUGAAGAAGACCCCCGCCAAGGGCCUGAUGCAGGUCACCAGGCACCGGCUGUGCCGCCUGCCUCCCGGCCGGGCCCAUCUCCCCACCAAGGAAGUGUCCAGCAUGCACAGCCCGCGGACCCCACCCGCCAGCAGAGUGAUCAAGACCCGCUACCGCAUCGUCAAGAAGACCGCCGCGUCACCGCUCAACAACCCCCCGUUCCCCGUGCCCCUCCCCUCCUGGCGGAUGCGACGCCUCUCCCUGUGCAGGUCCCCGGGGCCGAACCGCCCGCGCCCUGCCAACGGGGGCGGGAGACCCCAGGCCGGCUCCCCCCGGUGGCGGGACAAAGGCUACCGCUGCAUUGGCGGUGUCCUCUACAGUGUGUCGGCCAACAAGCUCUCCAAGACCUGUGGCCGGCCUGGCGGCGACGGGGGCAGCAGGCCCCUUCUGCGCACAGGCCGACUGGACCUUGCCAGCAGCUGCAGUCGCUCCUUGGCCAGCCGGGCCCUGCAACGCAGUCUGGCCAUCGUCCGACAGGCCAGGCAGAGGCGGCGCAGGAAGGAGCCGGAAUACUGCAUGUAUUACAAUCGCUUCGGCCGGUGCAACCGCGGCGAGCUCUGCCCCUACAUCCAUGACCCUGAGAAGGUGGCCGUGUGCACCAGGUUUCUCCGGGGCACGUGCAAGAAGACAGAUGGGACCUGCCCCUUCUCCCACCAGGUCUCCAAGGAGAAGAUGCCCGUGUGCUCCUACUUCCUGAAGGGGGUUUGCAGCAACAGCAACUGUCCCUACAGCCACGUCUACGUGUCCCGCAAGGCGGAGGUCUGCACCGACUUCCUCAAAGGCUACUGCCCCCUGGGCGCAAAGUGCAAGAAAAAGCACACGCUGCUGUGCCCCGACUUCUCCAGCAGGGGCGUCUGCCCCCGGGCCGCCAAGUGCCAGCUGCUCCACCGUACCCGGAAGUGCCUCAGCCGGCGGGCAGCCCCAGCCCUGGAGCCCAGCGACACGCCCUCCAGGAGCAGGAAGUCUUCGGCUGCCCAGCGCCCUGCCAGACAGAUGCCCAUCCCCCCCACCUCUGUGGCUGCUGGCCCGGCGUCCCCUCCCGGCUCACCAGGGGCUUCAGCUGCAGCUUCAGCCUGUCUCUUGUCAUCGAAGGCCCCCUCGCCCUCCCCCCCCUCCUCUCCCUUUUCUCCCUCCCCCCCCUCUCUGUCGUUGGACCAGGAGGAACUGUCUCUCCAGGAGGAGGCCACCUCGGUGGUGACAGGCUCUGGCAGCCUCUCCAAGCUGCCUUCCUUCAUCUCGCUGCAAUCCUCACCGAGCCCAGGAGGCCACUCCAGGGCCCGGACCCCCAGGAGCACCCCCCCAAAGGAUGCAGGGAAACCUCUGCACAUCAAGCCCCGUCUGUGAGGCCCCAGGGUUCCAGCCCGUGCCUACCUCAGCCCCCCGUCCCUAGAGAGGAAGGAGGCUCCACCUGCCACCGCCCCAGAGGAGGGGCCGCCUGCCAGCGAGCCACCUCUGGGGCCACAGGGUCGUCUCUCUGCCCACGUGGCCCUCAGCAUCCCCUGACCAGUGUGUGCCCAGGGCCUCACCUUCUCCCUCAGGCUGGGCCCUGCCUGGCCGGCCCCUCUGCAUCUCAUACCUCCCCACCUGGGUCCCCAGCCUCCCACCCAGGACAUGUCCCCACCUUCUUGCCUGAGGGGUGCAGGGCAGGGCUCACCCCCAGGCCUGUCCCCGCUAUGGGUGUGGCAGUGGCCGACUCGUGCCUGAGAGAGGCCGCCGGCCAGGCCUCCCUGGCGGGCACGUUGUAUUCAGCAAUAAAGGUUCUAUCCUGUG